AAUAAAAAUAUGUCUUCAAUUCUUUUAAGAAAUUGUUUAAACAAAAUAUAUUUUAAAUCGUGCUAUUAUCAAUUUAGCAAAAAUUCCAAAAUCUUGAUUCAAAACCCAAUAAACAAAAACUUCAAAAUAAAACCACAAAUAGCUAUAAAUAAACAGUUUAAACGUUUCCAAACAUCCAAGACUAUUACUAUAAAGGAAUAUGAAACCAGUCGUAAAUAUACAUGGAACUGGAAACUUGAACGUUUGAUGGGCUGGACUUUAGCAAUUAUAAUACCAAUGGCUUUUGCUAUAGAAUCUAAAGAAUUAGAAAUGUUAUUGGCCUCGGCAGGGUUAAUGCAUACUUAUUGGGGCUGUCAAUCCAUGUGCAGUGAUUAUCUACGUUCUUCCAACGUAGGUAAAGUCCUGCCGAUUAUAGUGCGUUUCGCGGUAGUUGUGCUGACAUUUGCCUCGUUGGCCGGUUAUUAUCAAUUGAUUUAUGAAGAUGUCGGUCUUAUUAGUAUGAUUAAAAAAUUGUGGUCUAUAAGGGGCCAGGACUAUGUACCACCCAAACAAUAGCAGAAUGUGUGAACACGAAGAAAAACAAAAUAUUUUACUUUUGCUUUUCAAAAAAUAGUAUAAAAAUACUUUUUAUUAUGUUGUUCGAAUAAAGAAAAUAUGUACUUAUAUUUACUCAGCAUAUACGUACAUAAAUAUGCAUAUCGUUA